CGGAGCCCCAGUAAGCCGGCCUGGCAGGACUGUGGUGGCCCAGAGCGGGGCUCCGUUUGGGCAGGGGGCGAGGGAGCGAGGGAGAGGGUCCCGGGAAAGGCAGCCAGUGUUUCCUAGUUUCACGCCUUUGACUGCGGUUCGCCUCUGACCCUGGGGCUGGCCAGAGAGCACCGGCCACCCGGCGCUUCUUUGCACCCCUGCGAUGGCAGCCAUUCUCUUGAAGGCCAAACCCAAGGGGCCAGUGUCUUUUGAAGAUGUGUCCGUGUACUUCACCAAGACAGAAUGGAAGCUUCUGGAUGUCCAACAAAGGAUCCUCUACAAGACAGUGAUGCUGGAAAACUAUCGUCAUUUGGUGUCCCUGGGAUUUUUAUCCACCAAGCCCCACCUGGUCUCCUGGCUGGAACAAGGGGAGGGGCCCUGGGCAACAGACGUCUGGAGAACACGGGCCACCGCGGAGAUGCAGACAGGAGACGGGAUACAGACCGGGACGUCGGUUUCCGCACAGAAGCGUGGCCCCGAAGAACUCCCGGGGUCCGCUCGUCGGGCGGGUGACGAUCGCCCAGUGGCCGGGCCGCCAGGGGACGCGCCGGAGCAGGGAGUGAGACGGGCUCCCUCUCCGCAGAGGAGGUCCAGCAGGGGUGACCCUCCCCGGGAGAAAGGUCCCGGCGGCCCGUCCGGGGCGGCCGGAGAGACGCCGCGGAGGAGCAGCCCCAGCGUCGGGCAGGAGCGGGUUCCCGGGCGGCAGGGAGCGCGCGGCGCCGAGAAGCGCUACGUGUGCCAGCAGUGCGGCCGCGCGUUCAGCCGCAGCUCCAACCUCAUCAAGCACCGGGUCAUCCACAGCGGCGAGAAGCCGUACGCGUGCGGCGAGUGCGGGAAGCUCUUCCGGCGGAGCUUCGCGCUGGUGGAGCACAGGCGCACGCACAGCGGCGAGCGGCCGUACGCGUGCGGGGACUGCGGCAAGGCUUUCACGCGCAGCUCCAACCUCAUCAAGCACCAGGUCAUCCACAGCGGCGAGAAGCCGUACGCGUGCCCGGAGUGCGGGAAGCCGUUCCGGCGCCGCUUCGCGCUGCUGGAGCACCGGCGCACGCACAGCGGCGAGCGGCCCUACGCGUGCGGGGACUGCGGCAAGGCCUUCCGCCGCAGCUCCAACCUCAUCGAGCACCAGCGCACGCACCGCGGCGACAAGCCGUACGCGUGCGGCCAGUGCGCCAAGGCCUUCAAGGGCGUGUCGCAGCUCAUCCACCACCAGCGCAGCCACAGCGGCGACAGGCCCUUCACGUGCAAGCAGUGCGGCAAGGCGUUCCGCGGCUGCUCAGGGCUCAGCCAGCACCAGCGCGCUCACAGCGGAGAGCGGCCCUACGCGUGUCCCGACUGCGGCCGCGCCUUCAGCCGCCGAGCCAACCUCUGCAAGCACCGGGCGCUGCACCGCCGGGACCGGCCCCGCGCGUGUGCGCGCUGCGGGCGGCGCCCCCGGGAGCCCCGGGCCGCGCAGGGGGCCGAGCCGCGGCGGCCACGCGCUGGGACUGGCCGCUGCGCCGAGUGCGGCCAAGCCCUCCGGGCCCCGCGGCGGCCGGGCCGGCCCCAGAAGCCCCGCGGCGGGAGGAGGCCCGCGGGGAGGAGCGACGGAGGGGCGGAGGGCGAGGCGGCCCCGGGCGACGCGGGCUGUGCGGCGGCCCCCCGCGUGGUGUGACACGGCCGGGCUUCAAAACGGGGCGCUUGGUGCUCCUCUCGGCCCGGCGACGGUGCCUGCGGGCGCUGCAGCGCGUGCUCCCCGGCCCGUGGGCCUCAGGAACCCCUGCGACGGCGGCGGGGGGGGGGGCGGGGGCCGGGGCCACCCUGUGACGAGAGCCCCCGUCCCCGCCCCCAGCCUCCCGCACCGGCGCCUUGGGUUCCUCUUGCGAGACUGUGGGCUUCAGCCCCAGACUGCUUAGUGUUUCCGGGUAGAAGCACUCCGAGCACUUUAAUCCUUUAAGCGCCUGUCAGCGGAGGGGACUUGAGGGAACUCUGCGACUGGACUGUGGAUGGACUGUGUGACGUAACCGCAGACUCAUCAGUUCAGAAAUUGUCUGGAAACGGACUUGGGCAAAGACGUUCGUGGCCUGCCCCAGCCGGCUGGUCCUGCCGCAGGAAGUGAUGUCUCUGAGCCUGCCGCUGCACGGGAAGGAACAGGACACCCCGCUAGCACGCUGAGCAGGGACCCCUUCCUUUCCCGGGCCACUUGUCCUUGUGCCUGAGAGGCACAGCUGCCCACGGGUUCCACCGGCUGCUUCUCCGAGGAGCCGCAGCACCCAGCUCACAUCUUCCCAGAGGCCUGGGGCAGGGCUGCAUAUGGGGGCACUCUGGUCUCUCACGGGAGGGGACUCCAGGCAAGGCGUGUCUUCCCUGCCCACCAGGCUCACCCUCCUCACUGCCUUCUGCUCCCCCAGACCCCACCAGCGAAGACCACCCUGGCCUCUCCGCCCCACCUCCCCACCCUCAGUGCCUAGAGAUUCCCGCAGCACUGCGCUCCGCCAAGGCGCGGUCCUGCGGGAAGGCAACAGGCUGGCUUAGGGAUUCGCAUAGAGCUGCGGGCGGUGGCUCUCUCGUUGGAUCUGCCUUUCAUAUGACAUUUCUUAUAAUAUUGAAGGUUCAGCUGCUUUGAAUAUUUUCGCAUUCAGGAGUAAUGUAAGUUAAAGAUAGAGAUUUUUGCCUCAUGAUUAAAUAAGACUCCCCCACCCUGUGAGAAGACCUCAGGCAAGAGAAAGCCCGGCCUCUCCUCUCCCCCCUCCUCCUCAGCCCCAUGGAGACAGGGCGGCUGGCAGUGUCCCCACCGGCUUGCCACCUCCUUCCAGCCCUCUUCACUGGCAGGCAAGUGGUAGGUCCCCACUGGGCCUCCGAGGAGCACGGGCGCCUACCCUGCCACACAGGGGAGGUUCAACUGGACAUCAGGACAGUGAGGGGAAACCUGGAGAUGCAGAAUUCCUUCCGAGCAGGCAUCUUGGAGCUCUGAUCACUAGGAUGACCCCAAAAAACAGAGAUACAGGUAGACAGAAACAAAGACAUAGAGAAGUUUGAUCUAGCUAUAUCAAAAAGAGUUUGAUACUAUUUAUGGAACGUUCUAGAGUUCUUAUAUCUUGCUUUUAUCUCAUAGCCCCUUUCACUGGGUCUGUGUCCCCUUGUCCUUUGAUUGUCUUCUUUGUGUCACGUUCAUGUUUGCUAGCACUUCAGAAACAUGUGAAGUGAAUAUGGCCCCCUUAGCACUUUACCUCCAGCCCCGUCCGAGGGGGUCGAACGGAUCUGCAUCUUGGGGUUCUCCAAGGGAAAAAGAAGUAUCAGCAACAGUGUCUUUGAAGUCCAUGGGCAGGUCAUUGGGAAGCAUGUGUUUCCCUGAGGCACAGACGAUCUUUGAAGGCAGGCAAGGGGUCAGGAAACCAGUCCCCGUGCAGAGCAAGGAACAGAGGCAGGAAGCCACACACGUAGACUCCACUCAUUCGGUUCAACUGUGGCCUGACCAAGAUUGGGACGACAACCACCACGUGAGGGGAACCAGACAGAGACCAGAUCCAUGGGCUCCCGUGUCCGUUUCCAUCGCUCUCAUAAGUGAACAGCAUGUGACGUCAUCCCAUCUGUUCCACUGGACAAGCCAACUUCACUUCUACCGUGAACUCCUUCACUCAUGGGACCCAUACCCAAAGGUGACUGGCUACAGGGGGUGAUGUACAGGUGUUUUCAGCAGAGGGUGCUGGACAUUUGUGCUCUGGUUUUGGAGCACCCAAAAGGUUCCAGGGUCCCCAAACGCUUAUCCAGAUAAAUGACAUUUAAAAUAGCAAUGCAUCUUUUUGUCAGUUCUCUAAUUUUGCUUGUCUUCAUGACAUUUUCACUGCAGUGUGAUUAUGAGUGUCAUUUUCUCUCCUGUGUGGAAUAAAAGCCAGACCACUUGCUCUCUGACACUUUGGACCCUUUGCAAGAGCUGUUUAAAGGCCGUGGCUCUACCCCCAUGUAACUGCUAUAUUGUCCUGACUGAAUUCAUUUACUUUAGGGGCAAACAAAUAAGGAGGCUCUAAGAGUGCUGGCCUUGAACAGAGUCCUCUCGUGCUUUAAAGUGAGCAGAUAGCAGUUGGGUUAAAGGUACCAGGAAAGACUCAGUGUGGAACUGCGGGGGCAAGCCGAGAGACUAUGUUUGGGUGAAGGUAAGGCAGAAACCUUGGAGGGCGACACACCUGGGAAUCAAGGGCAGCCAUCCAAGGCCGGUGGGACACCGUGACUCGGAGACCAGGAAGGGCAGAGCAGCACAGCAGCACCAUGAGAAAAACAGCUGUGUCUUCCCUUCAGUUGCUUCUGUGUCUUUGGGCAA